AUGGCGGCAACCGCCAACAUCAACCCGACACCGCAGUCGGUGACAAGCCUCAUUUCCAAGUUGGGUGAUGCUGAUCCGGACUUUCGAUUUAUGUCACUGAACGACCUUUUGCACUUGUUGAAUAUAGCCAAACCCGAUUUUCUCCAGCAUGACUACAAUACUGCAGCUCGAGCGGUUGACAGUAUCAUCAAGACUCUCGAUGACCAGAACGGUGAGGUGCAGAAUAUGGCUAUUAAAUGUGUUGCCCCCCUUGUUGGCAAAGUCCCUAUGGCUAUUAUCGCGCCCAUGAUUGACAAACUGUCAUCAAUGGUACUGAAGAACUCGGUCGACAAUGCCGUCACCUCACUCGCCCUUCGAUCUGUCAUAAUAGCUCUCCCUCGCCCAGUUCCAGGAAUUGCCACAACUCCCGAUGUUCAGCAAUCGUAUGACGCUAUUCGACGAGUUCUUAUUCCUCGUCUGAUUGGGCCGAAUGCGGCCACUCCAAGUCGACAGACUACCGAUAUAUCAUUACCCUUGGUACCUGCGGGUAUGCUGCAGGGAGACGAUGCCAGCCCAGAAACCGUUGACGUCUUGAUAGAAGUAGUGCGGUGCUUCGGGCCCCUGCUCCAGUCUGUCGAGGUUGAAGCAAUGCAGCACGUUGUUAUGCAGCUUCUUGAGAGCAAUAGACAUUCUUCCGUCGUCAAGAAGCGUGCAGUCGUUGCCAUUUCUAUGCUUGCUGUCUACCUAGCGGAUGAGCACCUGCGACACGUUAUUCAAAGGCUGGCAUCCAGGCUUUCUGACCCUAGCACCGGUGCUGUUUCGCGACGUCUCUACAUCUCCAUUAUAGGAAGUAUGGCUCGGUCUAUCCCCGUUCGCUUCGGGCCGCAUAUUGCCAGUACUGUACCACUUAUGCUCAAGGCCCUCAGCGAGGAAGAGCUUCAAGAUCACCUGGAAAGGCUCAGUGACGGAGAAGACAUUGGUAUCGAAUUUAAUGAAGUUCGGGAGGCAGCCCUGGUAUCAGUUGAAGCGUUUCUCGCUUCGUGUCCCCAAGAAAUGCGCCCGUUCACCGACGAUAUCAUUGCGGCCACGCUCCGAUACCUCAAGUACGAUCCCAACUACGCGGUUGACGAGGAAGACGAUGAUGUCGAUAUGGAUGAGGAUGAAGACCAAGAGGAUGAAGAUGAUGGUUUUGACGCCGAUGAUGGUUUUGAAGACGACGACGACGACGCCAGUUGGAAGGUCCGGCGCUGUGCUGCCAAGGCUCUUUAUACCCUCAUAUCAACCCGUGGCAGCGGAGACCUCCUGGAUAACGGCGUCUUGUAUAGCCAGGCGGCUCCUUCUCUCAUUAAGCGCAUCGAUGAACGCGAAGAAAAUGUUAGACUGGAGAUUAUUUCGGCUUUAGCACUUCUUAUUCGUAAGACCGGCGAGGGCUUACAUGUAGCUAAUUUUUCUUUGGACGAUACAGAUCCUCCUGUCGCAGUACCCGCGCCACUUAACCGCAAGCGUCGGAGACAGAGCAGCGCUGGAACUGCAAUGACAGUUUCGCAGUUCAUGGCGGGCUCAGGUCUCACGUCACCGGUUCUGGAGAGGGUGCCUACUACUGGCCCUCGCGCGGACUUGGCACAACUUACACCUGGUAUAGUCAAGGCAUCUAUCAAGCAACUAAAAGGCAAAACUGUGCCUACAAAGCAGUCCAUUAUCAACCUUUUGGAUGACAUUGUAUUGGUGCAGCGAGGGGGUUUGGCUUUAUUCUUCCCAGAUCUCAUCGGUCCAGUUCUUGAUGCUGCAAAGUCUACUGGGCACGGAGCCACGGCUUCAUCAUUGGCUUCUGCCGGGGGUUCUGCAUCUGCAACGCUAAGUACACUCCGUAUCGCAACAUUACGACUGAUAAGUGACAUUUCAAAGACACAUUCGUCGUCAGUCCUCCAGCCGUAUCUUACGAAGAUCGUUGCUGGAGUUAUUAAUGCAGUACACGAUCGGUUUUACAAGAUUUCUAGUGAAGCCAUUAGAACUGCUGAAGAGCUUGUCAAGACCAUUACUCCUCCACGUUCCCGAAACUCAGGCUCCAAGUUCAAGGCCGAGCUAGAAUCACUCUAUGAAGUCCUCAUGGACAAGGGCUCAGCAAACGAUGCUGAUGCUGAAGUUCGCCAACGAGCCAUUCAUGCAUUAGGCGUUUUAAUCUCGAGAACUUUCGGCGAUGGCUCCAAUCUUUUGUCUCCAGAUAAGCGGAUGAAGGCUCUCAACAUCUUGCGUGAAAGGUUGAAGAAUGAAACUACUCGACUUGCUGCGGUGCGUGCUGUGGAUAAUGUGGCAGCAUUCGCAUCUAGCCCGGAUGAACUUGAGAGAGGCUGGAUCCAGGAUGUUGCACUUGAACUGUCAGCCCAACUCCGCAAAGCGAAUCGAUCUCUGCGGGGCUCGAGUGUUAAUGCUUUGAAACAUCUAAUCCUGUCAAAAGCUGCUCAGGGUCAACUUGAGAAGCAGACAGUUGAUGGCGUUGUUUCUGCAUUAAUGCCAGCCGUUACAAACAGCGACACGCAUCUGCUUGGACCGGCUCUGGUUAUACUUGCCAGUUUGACACCGUCACAUGCCGAUGUCACAGUCUCUAAGGAUUUGGUUGCCGCUCUUUGCCAGCUCUUGAAGUCCCACUUUGCCGGAAUUGCUUUAGAUCAGCUCCUGGAGUUGGUGGCCAGGAUUGGUGAAAGUGGUGCCAGCCAUACACUCAUGCAAGGGCUACUAAAAGAUGUUAGUAUCUCCGGUGACCCUUCUGUAGUUGGUAAGGUUAUCGGUACGCUGCUUGUCACAGGUGACACUUCAGCAGGAGUUUCUGUUGAUAGUUUCAUCUCUGAGCUGGAAAAUAGCUCCAAGAUUGGUGAUGAGGCUCGGGUUAGUCUUGCCCUGGCAGUCCUUGGAGAAACUGGCAUGCGACUCGGAUCAUCAUCACCAAUGAGACCGGACUUGUUCUUGCGACAAUUUCAUCCAGAACCCGAUAAAGUAUCUCUUGCAGCCGCCAUUGCACUUGGCCGCGCUGGAUCAGGCAAUGCCUCAGAGUUCCUGCCUGUUAUUUUGGAAAAGAUGCAAGCGGGAGGGAACACUCAGUAUCUUCUCAUCCAGUCUAUCAAAGAGAUCCUCCAGUCCAUUCCCGUCCAAUCUGUCGACAUAAGAGAAUAUGCCGUCCCUAUCUGGGAUCAAUUACGCCAAGCCUCAGAAGCCGCCGACAACAGAGUUGUUUGUGCUGAAUGUGUAGGGCGACUGGUGAUCCUUGACCCCGGCUCUUUUAUGACCAAGCUUCAGGUAUUUCUGCUCAUUAAAACUGAGAUUUUCUUUGUCGCUAAUUCGUAUCAGGCGUUACUUAAAGACACAUCAUCAGGCAUUCGAGGCAUGGCCGUGCAAGCCGUCCGCUACGCUCUCUCUGAGAGCGAGGAAGCAUUUGAUACCGAGCUCAAGAACUAUCUGAUCGACAUGCUUCUGGUAAUGUUGCAAGACACGGACACAGAAAUUCGAAGACUAGCCAUGUCAACCCUCAACUCCGCGGCACACAACAAGCCUGACCUUAUUUUGCCACAUCUUGGUGAGCUCAUGCCAUUUGUGCUGGGCGAAUCAAUAAUCAAACCUGAACUCGUCAAGGAGGUCAUGUUAGGCCCAUUCAAACACACUGUGGAUGAUGGCCUGGAAGUCCGAAAGAGCGCCUACGAGACUUUAUACGCCCUCAUGGAGACCGCGUUUACACGGAUCAAUAAUAUUGACUUUUAUGAUCGGGUUGUGGCCGGCCUAAAGGACGACAAUGAUAUCCGACAGCUCUGCAAUCUCAUGGUCUCGAAACUCAUUGUCAUUGAUCCAGACGAAACAGCCCGGAGACUUGACUCUAUUGCAGAAGCAUAUCGAGGAGUAUUAUCCAUCAAGCUAAAAGAUAAUGCUGUUAAACAAGACGUUGAGAAGCAAGAGGAGGCCAACAAGAGUGUGCUGAGGGUCACAUUAUUGCUUGGAGACAAGAUGAAGGCCAUGACUGGCAAUGCCGGAGCUGUUACUAGCAAUGCUGGGGCAGCUGGCAUAUGGACCUCAUACUGGGAAUGGGCCAACAAGGAAUUCGAGAAGCAGCUGAAGGGCUUGAGAGAGGAGAGCAAGGAGCUUCAGUCCCGAAUGGUGUAA